AUGUAUGAGAACCCGAACGUGACGAAAUAUUAUGUGUGGGAGGAUCUGGUUUUCGAUGAGAUCGACAUAGCCCACCAGUACUCAGGGGGAGAAUCCUGUAAAGUGUUCUUCAACUUGGAAGAUGCUCGCGGAGAGGCGAUCUGCGAAUAUGGUAACUGCAACGAGCGUCUGAGUGAAGAUCUUCUUUUCGUCGACGCUGAAGGCGAUACAGUCUAUGAAGUGUACACAGACGGGGCAUGUAUUCGAAACGGCAAACGAGAUGCAAGGGCCGGGUGUGGCGUCUAUUUCGGAGCCAAUAAUCCCUUCAACGAGUCCAAGAUUCUGGGCGGAACUCUCCAAACCAACCAGAGAGCUGAACUUGUGGCUAUCAAGCGAGCCCUACAGCUCAUUCAAGAGUGGGUCAAUGGCGAGUACUACGAGAUUUACACAGACUCGGAUUAUGCCUUGAAAUGCGUCACAGAAUGGUGCGAUAAGUGGGAGCGAAACGGAUGGGUUAACUGCAAGGGUUAUCCUGUGUCUAACCAGGACACAAUCAAAGACAUUUUGAAGCUCCUCAAUAGUGUCGGUUGUCGAAAUGUUCUUGGAAUUGAAAAAGUACUAGCCCAUAGUGACUGCGAAGGAAAUAAUGGCGCAGACGAGCUGGCUCGUGAUGCUGCCGAAAGACAUUAUUAUGGUUGA